AUGUUUUUCAAACUGAGUCCCGCCCCCACGGUGACGUCACGGCAGCCACUGGCGGCGGCGGCGGCGGCGGCGGCAGCGGGCCUCGGCGGCUUCAGUCGCUCGUGGGCCACGCACUGCCCCGCCACGCCGCCUCGCUCCGCACAGCCCUCGACAGCUCGGCAGUUCCACAGUUGUGUACAGAGGACUUCAGCAGCUGGUACAUCCAGUUGGUAUCCAGAGAGACCCCCAGAGGCGCCGCCUUCCCCGAAGGCCAUGGCGAGGCCCCCGCUGCUGCUUCUGCUGCUGGUGCUGCUCACCGCCGGUUGCGGCGUCUACGCGGCGCACAGGUGCCAGGACACGCACGCCCAGAGCCAGCUCGACCUCAACAAGGUGACUGGUCAGUGGUAUGUGGUGGAGAUCGUGGAGCACGACCCUAAGGUGCUGGAGAUGUCGAUGAUCGAGCAGCGCAAGUGCCCCAUCGUGGUCCUGCACCGCCAGAACUCCACCGGCAGCUGGCUCACGCUCAAGUGGACCGAGGGCCGGGACGUUGUCGUCUACAACCUCAACGUCACCGACAUGCGCAGGGCUCUCGGCCGCUGGCAGUCCGUCGGCAAACAGGAGGGGUCGAUGACGCGGCGGGAGAACUACCAGCACUUCGACGGCGUGGUGCUGGUGCUGAAGGCCGUGGAGGACCACAUGGUGCUGACGUUCUGCGACCGCAACCCGGAGCGCUCGCCCUACACGCUGGUGCUGUCACGGGCGCAGCGCAUGCCCGGCGACGACAUCGACAGCAUCAACAACAUGAUGCGCUUCCGCGAGCUGUACAUGGGCCUGGUGAAGAGCACCUGCCCGGGCGCCGCCGCCGCCGUCGCUCACUCGCCCGCGCUCCUCGCCGUCGGGGCGCUCGCCGCCGUCGUCCGCCUGUUGCUCGGCCGUGCGGGUCCGUCCUAGGACGCCGACCAACUCUGAGGGCGCGGGUCUGCUACUGCCAGCGGCGACGUCCCAGUAGCCGCCACCGCAGAUGCUACCCGAACGUGUGGCAUUACGUGUACUUCAGGAACUGCUCUGAGCGGCGAAGCGGAAACAAACGAGUGCUGUUAAUUUCACCGAAAUGUGAAACUGUCGAGCUCCUGGUCCUUAAGAAAAACACGUCACCCUUCCGGGAAAGUCAUAAGGUUCAUUCCAUCGAGCACCUAGAGAGAACGUAUGAUGACGUAGUUUUGUGCCUUCUGUAAAUAGCUCGUUUCCAGACGCUACAUUUCGAAUAUAUUUCCAAUGUUCAGGUAUUAACCAUUGGCUAGGUAGAGUGUGUGCCUGACGACGAAGGCAGCACUGUACCGUCUUCUACACGUAUAUAUUCUUUUUUUUUUUUUACGUUACGGUAACCAAUGCAUUUCACAGUGCUCUUUUAUUUACUGUUUCGAACAGUCAGUGGUCGUCUUGACACUGUUAAUAAACUAAAAUAGAAGACAAAGCAUCUAGAACCUACAAAAUAUGCCAAGCAGUUGUCUAGGUAAAGAUUAAAAAGAGGAGAACGAUACCUAAAACACAGGCUGCAUCCUUCUUGUAUUGUCUUUCAUCAUAGUCUAGGCCAAUGGCUUUUCCUUCUUCUAAGUAUACACCCAUCCUUUUCUUGGUCUCCCUACGGAUCUUGCACCUAAUGGUCUGAAAUAUAAGGCUUGUUUUGGUACUCUUGAAUGUGGCACUCUUUGUAGAUGUUCUAGCCAGCUUUGUCGAUUAGACUUGAUCUUCUCAUUUGUAGCACAUAUACCAAGCUCCCUGCUUUUACGUCUUCGUUUCUUAGUUAUAUUAUCUUGCACUGCCGUCAACUCCUCUUAGAAAUUUCAUUUCUGCCAUUUGGAUUCUACUGUUCCGUCUUGUAUUUCGUAGCUUAAUGGGAGCAACUAUAUCGAUCCUACAAAAUAAAGAAAUGAAAGUACAAUUCUUCACAUCCCGUAUUAUUAUACUCUAAACGAAAUUCCUGGUGAGCGAUGAACCCGAGGACUUUCAUAUAUACAAUCGGAUUCGAUUUCACUGUACCACCAAAUAUUUUUUCACGGGUAACGAUACAGAUAUCACGUUGCCCCUUUAGGAAGAAUAAUAGGCUACUCGUAAAAUAAAUACCUUCUUCGAUUUCUAAAGCCACCCUUAAGUGUAAACAAAGCAAUUUGCUACCCACAUAUCUAUCGAUUGCGACGCCCAGUGUAGCUCUAGGGUAGAGAAUGAAGCAGCAGUUGUGCAGCUGGUCGGCACCGAACAGUCACCUAAGCUUUUUUUUCCUUUUUUACUUACUUUUCCGUUUCUGGAUAAGAUACUGCAUAGGAUACUAAAAACAGACGUGCUGGACAUAUUUUACGUUAUGUGAUACCGGACAGCAGUGCUGUUCUUUUAGGUACACACUUCGCUUCGCCGGAAAAAACAUCAAGUAGUACAGUGUUUACAAGUAACUCCUUGGUCAUUUCCUCCCUGUAGCAAUUUCACGCAAAGCACAGAGGUACCAUAUGUUACUGUGCACCAGUAGGUAGGCAAGUCGCCCAUUCCGAGAACAAAACAACAGCAAACAAUUCGCAACAGUGCUCUGUAAACAUCUUCAGGCGUUUUCAGUCUCAGUAGUUAAUGCUGACACUGGUACUGAUUGUACCAGCGAUUUUUUUAAAAAUUCUCAGAUGAAAUAGAUACCAUAUCAUUAAAUGAACAUAACUGAACUAAUCCCACCUUUAGUUAUCGGCUUUCACAUGACUUAAAUUUCCUGUAUGAUUGUCAUAUAAUCUCAGAGACAAUGUCGAGCAUUCAAAUAACUUAGGAACAGUGGAAGAGUGACGUUCAGUAUUGUACUUAUCUGGAAAUAGUACCGCCGACGUGAAAAAUUUACAUUCUUAUCUUACACCUAUACAUACACGUAGAUUUUUUUAUGUGUGACUGAAGUAACUGGUUAUUGCGCUCGUACGUCGACGGAAGGGCAUGACUAUGAAGGCCUACUUAAAAACAGGGGAAUACUAAAUUUGAACCGUUCGAUAUUUGCAACGAGCUCAUCGGCCCAGGCGAUUGAUAUCUCUUCCGCAACGAAGUUCGCAAUGACAAAGACACUACUCGUCAGCUUCGGCGCCUCGUACGAGUCACACGAUUUCGGUCUUUAUUUUACCAUUCGCAACCUCUUUCUAGGAACAUAGCUCUUGCAUAACAAAGACCAUUGCCUCAUUCGCUACCGAUGGAUGCUGAAGCUUAAGAGCGAAAUAACUGGACGAGGGCAGCCGGAUUAAGGUGCCUUAACGAAUUUCGAGGUCGUGCGCAUUAUUUUGUACAUCCCGCGUCUUAGAACUCUACAAAUGAAGGAGCUUACCAAUAUCUAUAGCGUAUUUUUGUGUAUGGCGAAAAAUAGAUACGAAUACAUCAAUUUUAAAAAAAUAUUUUAAAUAUGUAAAUAUGUAACAUUCUCCUUGUUAUUUAGCUCAUUUGUAUAUUUAUGUAUGAAUCAUGUCAUAAAAUGCGGUAUUUCUUAAAGUUAAUACAUAUCAGAGCUUCGUGUUGUAAAAAAGAAUUUCUGGUCUACUAUUUAUUAGUGAGAACUAACUUAAGUUUUAGGUCUAGAGAGUCAAAUAUUAGGGUCAUAUAUUACAAAAACUAACUCGCAUUUUCUCUCACUUUUCUAGCUGUCUAUAUGAAAUAUAUACACUUUCUACUUGCGGUGUAAUUUUUUUUUCCGGCAGUCAGUAAUAUUCGCUGUUAUUUGUGUCUGUACUUACGUGUGGUUUGUUGUAGGGUCGUACAUGGAGCUUGCUUCUUGUAUAGUCUGUAAGUUUCGAUUCUGCUUAGGUUAGGACACGAUAUCGAUAGUCUUUGUUUUUCGUGUUAUUUAUUUACGAAACAGUUUCGUAAUAGUCCGUCGUGGUUGCAGGAGACCGCGCGGAUGUCAAAGGACAAACACCAAGUACGUUACAAGUUCCCUGACUCGCUAUAUCGCACAGACGUAGUUUCAUUGGUGCUCAUAAAGGGCACAGUCAUAUAGAACAAGGACAACAGUCGUCUUCUGCGAAGGCGAGGAGGGUUGUUUCUGCUGUUAGGUUCUCUCUCUUUUUUCUGUCUCUUGUCUAUCUAUGUAGCCGUUUCGACCUCCCCGCCUCUCCCACUACAACUCAGCGUCAGAUGGCUGUGAGGACACACACUGUAAGCCUUUCCCUCUGCACACACACACACACACACACACACACACACA